CUCAGCUGCAGAAAUGAGUAAUCAAGGAGUGAUCUACACAGAACUGAAUCUUGGCAAGAACCCAAAGAAGCAACGAAGAAAAUAUAAGGACAUUAAAAGCUCCAUUUCAGUAACUGAGGAGGAAAUAACCUAUGCAGAUUUAAAUCUUCAAAAUUCUUCUCAGGAACAUCCAGGGAAUGAUAAGGACAACCACUGCAAAGAGUUUCCAUCACCUCCAGAAAAGCUCAUUGCUGGGAUCCUGGGAAUCACCUGCUUUGUCUUAAUGGUCACUGUGGUGGUGAUGAUUACAGUUGUUAUUCCAUCUACUGUAAUACAGGAGGAGAAUAAUUCUUCCCUGAUAGGAACCCAGAAAGCAUAUCAUUGUAGACGUUGUCCAAAGGAAUGGUUAACAUAUUCGAAUAACUGUUACUACAUUAGCAUAGAAAAAGUGACUUGGAAUGAGAGUUUGGUGUCCUGUGCUUCUAAGAACUCUAAUCUGCUUUAUAUAGACAAUGAAGAAGAAAUGUCUUUUCUACAUUCCCUCUCACUUCUGUCAUGGGUUGGAGUCUUUCGUAAGAGCAAGGAUCAUCCAUGGGAAUUGAUAAAUGGCUCAACUUUCAAAUUAAAGGUAAAGGAAUCAUCAGAUGAUGAACGUAACUGUGCUAUGCUGUACUCAUCUGAGCUUAAAUCAGACAGUUGCGUAUCUUCGAAUACAUACAAUUGUAAACAUAAGCUUUAACAUUAAUAUACCUAAAUCUGAAGUCUGUCAGGUAAUUUUGUAUUUCAUGAGUGGAAAUAAUAUUAGGAUUGCCUUAGUCUUAGAAUGGAAUUAUAUCAUUUGUUUAAAUAACAAAAAUUUUCAAAAACAAUUAUUGAAUUCUAUUAUAUGCCAAAAAUAA